AUGCGUCUUCCACUCAAGAUCCUCGCUUUCGGGGUGCUCGCAACAAAGACACGCCUGAUACACGCGGGUCCAUGCAAGCCGUCACCAAUCACUUCUAUCGAUGAAUACUCGAGCGUCAUACCCACUACCAUAGCAGUCAACUCAGAUACUGUGACAACUCAACCUUCUACUCUGAGUGGAGGGACUACCACAUCAGCCCAUUCUGGCGACACCAGCAUGACCACCCUAGACAAAACAUACGCCGAUUCUACUACUUCCUGGGUAUCAAGCACAGUUACCUUCAGUGAAGUAUCAUCCUCUACUAUUUCUGCUGAGUUGUCGUCAACUGAGACCCUCAGUGAAUCACCAACGACCAUUAUCGAAGAGUCAACAUCGACCGCACUCUCUCCAUCAACAACAACAUCUCUGGAGGCUCCUUUGGGAACAACUCUGACUGCUAUUUUCCUUGACGAAGGUUAUGAAAAGGAGGCAUGGCUUCCUCUGGAAGACUUUGGUCCUGCCAUCACUAGUGAUGUGGAGAAGGAGUCUUCCGGUGCCCUCUUUGGACUUGAGCCCGGAACCUCACGCCUCUACGCUAUCCUCCCCAGCGGUGAAAAGGUUUAUGCCGCAUCCUGCACUCAAUGCACACAGGACUCUUUUUAUUUUUUAAACGAAGAACAGAGAGCAUCCAGGUAUUUUGUCUUUUUCGUCAAAUGUACAGAAGGCGAGAACAGGUAUCUAAGCUGUGCACCUGAAGUGGAGGGGACUUUGUAUGAGCAUCUGUACUUUUACGAAGUAGGGGGCUGGUACAUGCAUACUAAGAAUCCUGACCGAACCGGCAGGACAGUAAUAGAGUUCAGACUUGGAUAG